AUCACUCACAUGUUGGCCUUUCAAGGAUGAAAAAUCAAUAUGGACUCAUACACUCAACUCCAUCUCUGUCAAGUCGUCAUUUUCACAAGGAGUGGUGUAUGCAUCAGGGACGGACGUUUUAUACUCUGAGCGAAAACACGGACAGACAUUCUCCUUAAGAACAAUGUCAUCAGAGCUUGAGAAGGCAAUGUUAACCAUCGUGCAGAUCUUCCACAAGUACUCCGGACACAAGUGUAAGCUGAAAAAGGCAGACCUGAAGGAUCUUAUUAACAAUGAGAUGAGCCAGUUUGUGUUGAAAAUUCGGGACAAGGAUACCCUUGACUUGCUAUUUUCUGAUCUGGAUCAGAACGGAGAUAGAGAGAUCGACUUCCAGGAGUUCAUUCCUCUCAUCGCCAUGGUGACGUCAGCGUGUCACGGUCUGUUCAUGACUGAGCAGAAUCAUUAAAAUAAACAACUCUAUAAAAAUAAACACCAUUAUAAACUCUGUACUUUCUGUGAAAUUCAGAUUUGUAUUGCAUGAAUUGUUCACUUGGUUCUGUUGUGUUUAUUUCAUGUUGUAUUAAGAGCGAGCCACAUGGGGCACCCGACUGGUGCAACAGAAGUGUUCGCCCCAUUGUCAGGAGAUCGGGACGUCAAACCUGACAAUACUGCAGCCAAGGGAGCAAAAUCGGCGUAGUGUCUCUCCCCUGUCAAUCACAGUGACAGUAGUAAUACGUGCAUCUACGAGCUCAUGUCCAUGAGCUCAUAUAUGUCAGAACAGGUGGAUAGCCCAUGUUAGCCUUAACCUUCUCUGGAUUCUCUGUUGCAUGAUAUUGGAAAACUGGCUGGUAGGAGGGAAACAUACAAACAAACAAAAACAAACACUUAUGUCUACUGGGGUUGCCAGAUCAUGUCUCUGAAAGGAUUUGGAUUGGAAACAAUCACACCAGUCUGGCAACACUCAUUUCUUACACCAGUCAUUGAUAUGAAGAAAGUUUGAUUUGUUGGUGGUAUAAAUGGUAACACUUAAACAUGGACUGAAUUAAAAGAGCUAAUAGUAUUGGUGG